AUGUUUAACAAGCUGUCCGGGCAGCCCGAGAGUUACGAAAAAAAAGCGCUGUAUAGGUUUGGAAGGACGCUAGGUGCAGGCACUUAUGGUAUCGUCCGUGAAGCAGAGAGCAGCCGGGGAAAGGUCGCAAUCAAAAUCAUCCUGAAGAAAAAUGUCCGCGGCAAUGAGCGCAUGGUCUACGACGAGCUGGAGAUGUUGCAGGCGCUCGAUCACCCCAACAUUGUUCACUUUGUAGAUUGGUUCGAAUCCAAGGACAAAUUUUACAUUGUCACUCAGCUGGCCACUGGUGGUGAGCUGUUUGACCGGAUUUGCGAGUACGGCAAAUUCACAGAGAAGGACGCUUCUCAGACAAUCCGGCAGGUGCUGGGUGCUGUGAACUACCUUCACGAGCGCAAUAUCGUCCACCGAGAUCUGAAACCCGAGAACCUCCUGUAUCUCACUCGCGACCCCAAAUCCCCCCUGGUGUUGGCUGAUUUUGGUAUCGCGAAAAUGCUGGAGAACCCUACCGAAGUCCUCACAACCAUGGCGGGCUCGUUUGGUUAUGCGGCGCCUGAGGUCAUGCUAAAGCAAGGCCACGGCAAGGCCGUCGACUUGUGGUCCCUCGGUGUUAUUACCUACACCCUGCUGUGCGGAUACUCGCCCUUCCGAUCGGAAAGCCUGUCCGAUCUGAUCGAAGAAUGCCGCGCUGCCCGGAUCGUCUUCCAUGAACGCUACUGGCGCGAUGUCUCCAAGGAUGCCAAGGACUUCAUUCUCAGCCUGCUCCAGCCUGACCCCGCCAAGCGGCCCACGUCGCAGGAUGCCCUGAAACACCCGUGGCUGACUGGUGAGUCUGCCAGCGACCGCGACUUGCUGCCUGAGAUCCGUGCCUACAUCGCCCGCUCCCGUCUUCGGAGAGGAAUCGAGAUCAUCAAGCUGGCGAACCGCAUUGAAGCGCUCAAGAUGCAAGAAGACGAAGAGGACGAUAUCCCCAGCCCUGCCGAGAUGGCGGCAGCUGCAGCAGAACCCAGCAAAUCCUGUGACACAACAGCGUUUCCUCCUCUCGAAGGGUCGGAGGCAAAUGGGAGCUCAUCCCCUGCGCCUGUUGAUGGUACAACCGGUGGGACCAAGAAGCGGAGUCUGAGCAAGAUCGCACGCGGCGCGAUCUUCCGCGAAGUCGUUCUGGCCAAGGUUCGCGAGAUGAAGGAGAACGAAGAGCGUGAAAAAAUCGAACGGGAGGCUCGAGAGCGAACUCCCCAUUCUUGA